AUGGUGCGGCUGGCUUUUGCUGCCAUCAAUGCCUCGCCCGAUACUGAUGGAGAGGAACAAAAUGGGGAGACCUUGGAGGCGCAAGAAGCACGCGUGGCAGACUCAUAUAUGCGAGCACUGCAGCUCGAUGCUUUUGAAGCACUUCUUGUGGAGCCGCUGCUGGCAGAGAGCAACGAAGGCGCCGGUCUGUCCAUGGCAUCUGCCAAGCAGCUGAAGCAUGUGAUCUUUAAGAACCUGGCUGCGCUGCUGGCUGAGUCAGAUGAGAGCGCUAUGCGCGCCUUGCAGCUCUACGGGCAGGCUCUGCUGCUGGACGACGGGGAUGCUGUGGUGUGGAACCGCAUGGGAACUCUGGCUGCGGAGUGCGGGCUGUGGGGAGUGGCGCGGAAUGUGUUUGAGCACGGCCUGGCACGCCAUCCUAGACAUGCGCUGAUGCUGGAGAAGCUGGUGGAAGUUGUGCUGCAGCUGGGCGACUGGCAUGCAGCUUCGCCACUCAUCAAGCGCAUCCUGCACAGGGAUCCAGGUCACCCUCGCGCUCAGAAGUUGUCUACAAUCCUGGAACAUCCUUCUGCAGCAGGCCCAGAUGACAGCGGUGAGGCAGAUGCAAAAGCUGUGCUACAGCCGCGCUUCAGGCAGAGGCUGCAAUUGGAGCAGCUUAGACAUCCAAACGGCCAUACAAAGGGCCAUCGCCAGGUCACACUACAGAAUGCCACAUGGGCUGCCCUGCUGCAGACACUCACAGACCUCAUUAAAGGCCCCAACAGAGGCUCAGAGAACGCAGCGCAGCUCAGCGCCGGGGAGUCAGUCACACUGCAGCUGCCUGCAGAGGAGAUGGAUGCAACCAGCGCAGCAGAGGAGACAGUUGGAGAGCGCCUGCCAGAGCUCAAGUUGCCGGGGGGUAGUAUAGCGGGUGCACCAGGGGGAGCGAUUGAUGCAGAGCCAAAGCGGACUGCCGCAGCGCAUGAUCAGGCCGAGAAGCUUCCGCCUUCACCGCCCACAAGGCGCGGCCGCCGCGACCCCAAAGUGGCGCGGAAAUGCAUCCCGGAAUUUGUGGAUCAGCCGCCUUCUCAGGAUGACUCAGCGCAGGGGCAGUCAGAGCCUACCCAGGCAACAGAAGGGGCCUCAGGGGCCGCACAGGAGACAGGUGGCACAGCACAAGAGAAGGGACAUGGAUCCAGCGCGGAGGGAGCUGCAGAGGUGGACCGGGGAGGUGCAAACGGCGAGAAGGGAGUUAAGGCAGAGGAGACCGGAAGGACGCCCAGAAAGGAUGCCCAUGUGCCAAGCAGAGCAUCCAGACGGCUGGAGGCACGCAGGGAGGGGCGAGGAGGCACAGAUGACGAGGGCAACGGGGGCUCAGAGGCAGUGAACAUCAUUGCAAUGCUUCUUCCCUUCCUGCCAAAACGACCACAGCCUGACAUGGCAGCCGCUUCAGGGCCGGCCGGCUCGGGCGCCCAGACGCCCGGCAGUGCCGGGCCGGCAGCUGCGCCGCAACUGCCGGCAACGGGAGGCAACGCCGCCAAACGGAGCCGGGAGGAGGAGCGAGACGUGAGGGCGUUCCUGCUGGCGCGGCCGCCGAAGGAGUCCCUGCACAGCCUUGGCGCCGCUGCCGUCCAGGAACUCGCAUCAGACCCAAGCAGGCGCAUCCCACCAGAGGCGCUGCCAAAGCUGAUGGAGCUGGCGGCCGCGCUUGGCAGCGGCUGGCGGCCGAUGCCAGCUGUCGCGCUGUCAUUGGCCGAGCUGCACCUCGACCGCGCCGCGCUUUUCGGCCCGUCGGCCGCCGUCGUCCCACCGGCCGAUGCCACUGCAGCCCAGGAGGGCGCGCAACCAACGGCGUCUGUUGCAGUGUCCGCCAAGGGGCCGGCCUCCAAGCGCAACAGGGCGGCUCAGGAGGCGGUGGCUGCGGCGCACGUCCGCGCCUGCGAAACUUUCCUCGGAGCGUUCCUCAUGGAUAUGCUGCAGAGCCCCGCAGGCAUUGGCGCAUCAGAGGGCAGCUCAGAACGGGAGCCUUUACAGAUACACUGCGUCAACCUUGAGAAGGACGGACAGAUCAGCGCCACGGCCGCCGCUGCAAAAGUGGAGGGACUGCAGCUCUUUGAGGUGUUGGAGUCAAGCAAGCGCAACUUGUCAGAGGAGAGGCCGCAAUCAGUCAUCGCCGAGCUGGCUCCUGCCCUGCUGGGCGAUGACGUGGCGGCCAGCCGGGCGCUGCGCAGCGACCGGAAGACAUUUCUGGACGCUCUGCAGAUGCUGCAGGACGCCGCGACAAGCGUGGAAGAUGCGCCGUUGGAGCUGCGCUGCCGCUUAGUGGCGCUGACUCACCUGCUGCCGGCGCUGUCUGCUGACCUGGCGGAUGAGUCCGCGCACACGGCGUCCGCCGCCGGCCCCCCGCCAACGGCUGUCAAGGACGCCGGGAAACCUGUCAAGAUCUUGUUGACCCAGGCCCUGACGGAGUUGGCCGAGUUUGUCAGCACGCAUGCGCGUAGUGAAGCUGGGCUGCAGGCCCUAGCGCCACAUCUGGAGGCGCUGAAGUCACAAGAGCUGCCUCAAGUGCAGUGGCGGGUGGCUGUGCUGGUAGAGAGGUACUACUGGUCCCUGUGCCAGGCACCGGCACGCGGCGCGGUUGGCCGCAGCCUUAGUGGCAAGGACGCUGGCAGGCAGGCAGCGCUGCUGGCGGCGGUGUCAGCGCUGUGUGCGCUGAGCACGCUGCGCAUGUCAGCGCGGCGCCAGCUCAGCCGCGCUGACAUCAGCGCUGAGGAGGCGCUGAUGCGCGCGGCCAGCGAGAUCCUUGCCGCCAGGCGCGCGCUGACUCAGCAGCAUGGCGCCUGGGUGAAGGCAUGCCUUACGCAGCUCGGCGCUUUGCUGCAAGCCCUCAAGGAGGUCCCUGCAGAAGGGCAUAUGGAUCAGGAAGGCAAUUCUGAGGAGGCGGAGGGAACAGCGACGCUGGAUGCGCGGGUGGAGGGCGCUCUGGCACAAUGCCUGCAUGUGCUCUACGGUGUCGAACUGCCUCACAGAGACCCCGAUUGGGGCAGCAUGGAGGACCAAGUUGUGGCGCGGGUGGCAAUGCGGACGCCGGAGGAGUGUCUGGAUGCCUGGCGCUACAUCCGCCCCUACGCAGAGGGCAUCGCGCAUGACAAGAAGGCGCUCGGCCGGCUGCAAGGGGUGCUGCAGGCGAUGCAGAAGCAUUUCAAGGCACCGCCGCAGGCUGUGUUGGACGCAUGGAGGCCAGAUGCCCUGCUGGACAAUAUGGGCGAGCAGUACCUGCUGCAGGAAGCCCGGCCGACUGCCGUCCAAAAGCUGCUUGCACCGCCGCCCGAGCUGCAGCAAGCGGUGGCGGCCGAUGAGCAUGCGGGCGUGCACGCGAUCCUGCACCACCUGCUGCUGCGCCUACAGCCAGAUCUGGACGUCCUGCUCAAGGAGGACUUUGCCCUUUUGCCGGCCGGUGCCGCGGCAGUGGAGAAUUACAUCGAGCUGGCCUGCUUCGACCUGCGCUACAACCCCCUGCGCUACUUUGCAUGGGACCGCAUCGCAGUGGUGUACCGGGAGGCCUCGGAGGGGAUCCUCAAGAUGGCUGCCGAAGAGCUUCCAGUGGAGGAGUGGCACGCAGACACAAAUGCCGACCUCCUGCAAAUGGAUGUGUGGCUGGACAUGAUCCCAUUGCGCUCAGCACAUAGGCGGGCUGCGCGGGCGACGCUGGUGGCUCGGCAGCUGUGCCCGGCGGAGGACGUUGUGUUCCAGGACGAGCAGAUCGCCAUGGUGCUGCACGAGCGCCUGCAGAACGCACCGCCCCUCUACGACCAGCUGGCGCGGGUGCCGGACAGAGUGGUUGUGCAGCGGCUGGCGGCGCAGGCUGCUCAGGCAUGCGAGCGCGCGAUAGAGGGCCUGCCUGACGAAUGGAUGUACCACAUGUUCCUGGGCAAGAUGCGCGCCAAAUGCGCGUUCCCUCCGGAGCAGUACCUGCCGGACAUGGCACGCGCAUGCUCGCUGGCAUCGGUCCAUGCUGGCGGCCUGGUGGAGCCCCUGUACCGCCUGCACGCCACCCGCCUCAAGAUCCUGCAGCAGCCGCAGUCUCUGGAACCUGCCGCCCUCGCCCUGAUCGCCAGGUACUGCUUUGAUGAGGAGAAGCAACAGAGGGCAGCUGCGCUGAUGCAGCAAAUCACUGCUGGCCAGGGAGCACCUUCUGUUGGGGAGCUGGUGAAUCUGCUGGUGGCGGACUGCGAGGCGGCGCUGCGAUGGUGCCUGGAGAAGGACAAGGGGUUCCACAAGGCUCACCACGCGCUCGCGCGUUCCCUCCAGGCGCGCGGCAGCUUCCGGGAAGCCGCCGAGGAGCUGCGCCACCUCUUCACCACCCCCAAGCGCAACUUCUGCAUCAGCAUGUGGGAGAUCGGCGACAGGCUAACCAAGGCGGCUGGUGGAGAGGUGGAGAGGCAGAGUGAUGAGGGUGCCAGCUCAGCGCUGACUGACGAUGAGUCAUCCUGGGGCCGGCAGCCGCCGCGCACGGCUGGCAACGGGCUCGACGAGUCGCACCGCAAGUUUGCAGCCUGCCGGCGCAAGUACCUGAUUAGGUACCUGGACCUGCUGGCCAGAACAGGCAACCACGCCACGCUGGCAGCUGCGCACAGCUUCCUGGCCUCGCCCCAGCAGUGGUCCAACCCCUCCAUGAUGGCUGACCUGGCUCGGCUUGCUCUGGGCCGCUGCAUCACAACACUGGCAAGCCAGCUGCGGCAGCACUGCCCUACGAUCGCGCCCCCUGCAUUCCAGAACCCUCCAGGGGAGCGCACUAUACAAUCUGGACAAAUCCCUGGGCUGGUCCCUGGGCUCCUGCCGGGCGCAGCAGCCGGCCCCUCUGCCCCCUUUGGCAAUGGGCAAAUGCCACUCUCCUUCUUGGGAGUUCCGAUUGGGGAGCAGGCAGGCAACAGCAUGCCAGCUCAGCAGCUGGCGGUCAGUGAUGAGGCGUUGCCUGUUCUGGAGGCGGCCUACGGGCUGUACAUGGACCACUUUGUGCUGGGCGGGAAUGAGCACGGUGCCAAUCACUGGACUGCAGCACUCGAGGCUGUCCAGCCGGUUGACACGCCGUUGGUGGGGUGGAUCACUGAGGCGGCCCUUGCGCGCGGCGCGUUAGGGUACAUCGAUGAGCUGGGCCGCAGGGGCAACCUGGACGAGCUGCAGGCGCGCCUGGCAGCCGUGCGCAAACGCUGCAAAGUCCUGCGCACUGCCAACGAGAAAGUGCAGGCUCUUGCCGCCCGCAUCGCCUCGGCAGCGGCCGCAGCGCUCGCAGCAGCGCUACCUGAUCUGGACCGCCGCCAGGCUGGCGCCAUGCCUAGUCAGGCUUCAGGCAGCCUCCAGCCAGAUCAGACGUUCUCUGCGCAGCCGCAAAACCAGGCAGCCGUCAGCCUACUGCCAAAUCAGGCUAUGCUCAGGCAGGUCACAUCUGGCCAGGCACCAAGUCAGUCAGCGUUCAGCUGGCCACCAAAUGUGGUGACCUCUGGACAGCCGCCAGUUCAGGCGUGGAAUGCUCUGCCUGGCCCGGGCAGCCCGAGGGCGCCCUUUUGGGCAGCGCCGGCGCCGGUGCGAGUGGCAGGGUGGCAGCCUCAAGUCACAACGCCAGCCAAGACCCUGCCAGGUGCUGCCAUGGAGCACAGCCUCCAGGAAGCUGCCACACCGCCUCCCCAGGCGGCUGCAGCGGUGGGACAUGCGCCGAUGCAUACGGAUGCGGUGGUGCAACAGGCAUCUUUGGAGCUGCUGCGGCACGCACACUACCUCUACAAGUCUGGAGUGGCCCGCCUGCCCGCAGCGGGCAGCAGUGGGCUGCCCGGAGCGGGCAGCUUGUGCCGCCUCGACGAGCUUCUAGUCAGGGCAUAUAAGCUGUACCGCGGGCCACAGCGGGCGGGCAGUGCGGUCGUGACAGCGGCAGAUGCAGCGGCCGCGUAUGAUGAGCUGGCGCGCGCUACAAGGCGCUCCUCGCCGGCGGGGAAGGGCUCUGGGCCGGCCACCCGCGCAGCUGCCGAGGGGUCGAGGCUGCCGCUUUCAGCACCAGAGAUGGGCAGAGAGCCCGCUGCGCAGCCGAUGCAGGCAGCACGCAUCGGCGGCAAAGAUGCUUUGCAGGCGCCAGAGAAAAACGCGCAGGGCAGCGAGGAGGGAACAGCGCGGGAGACUGAUGCACCGGUGCAGCCGGGGACGCCGCUGACGCGCAAGCGCAGCCGCCAGGAAGCUGACGUGGCCGAGGCCGAUGCCAACUUUGGCGCGGCCUCACGCGGCGCGCCCACCCUUGCCGACCCUACCGAUGAUCAAAUUGCCCUGCCACAUGCGACGGCCGGAGAAGCACAGGGAGACUGGCCCGGUGCUGCUCAGCCGGCCUUGAACGGCGUGUCUGCUGAUCGACAGGCGGCCGGAGAUGCAGCAGGGGGUUUGGUGCAGAGCUCUGCUCUGGCGGUGCCAAUCGGGGGUCCAGGUGCAUGGGAGGCAAGUGUGUUCGGGGCGCUGCCAGCUGGCGCCCCGCUGGCGGCGCAGCCGUCAGACGGCGUUGGUGGAGCCGCCCAGAGUGGGGGUGUGUCAGUGGGGGUGGAUCUGAUGGGAUCGGAAUUUGAUGCGCCGGCUGCGAAGCGGCUGCGGCCCGAUGCCUGA